AUGGCCUCUACCUCCACGUCCACGAAUUUGGCCUUAACAGUCAUCCGUGCCUCCGACGUGAAGUGGCAGUCUGCCUUUCGGAGCAAACUACCAAAUCUGUAUGUUCAGAUUGAGGUCAACAAUGAUAGGAGACAAACACAGACUAUCAAGAAGGCCCUAGCCCCUGAGUGGAACGAAAGUUUCUCAUUCACACAUCUAUCCAUAGGCCAAGGGACAGAGUUUAAACUUCGACUCAAGCACGAUUCGUCACGUUGGGGAGACAAAUGCUUGGGCAAGGUCGACGUCGAGCUAGAUGACUUAUUGAACAGGUAUGCUGGCGACAAAGAAGCAGAGCUUCGUCUUAAGUUGCCUAGCGAUUCAGCAACGUCGGAGACUGCUGCUGUUCUUCAUUUACGCUUAGAGGCUGUGGAUGAAAUGACAAGCGUUGGCCGCAAUGUGGAUACCACAAAGCAUGUAGUCCAGAAGAACAGUAUCUCGAGCUCAGCAGUGGCUUCAGAUUCGAUUGUUCUUGAAAUGGUCAAAGCUGGUGAAGAUCAUGUUGCUGCAUACACUGAUUUGUAUCAGUCUGUUGGAGAACUCGUCUCGAAGUUGGACAUCUUCAUUGAUAUUAUUGACAAACUAUCCGAGGACGAAUGCUUAAGAUAG